AUGGAUUGUCAAGAAAAUGAGUACUGGGACCAAUGGGGACAGUGUGUCACCUGCCAACUGUGUGGGCCUGCACAAGAGCUCUCCAAGUACCACCAAGAAGGUGCCUUCCAGUUGAGCUUAGUGAAGGCAGAUGUACCCACAGUGACACCUCAGGAGGCCACACUUGUUGCACUGGUGAGCAGUCUGCUACUGGUGUUUACCCUGGCCUUCUUGGGGGUCUUCUUCCUCUACUGUAAGCAGUUCUUCAACAGGCACUGCCAGCGUGGAGUUUUGCUGCAGUUUGAGGCUGACGAGGCAGCAGAGGAGGAAUCUCUCUUCCCCAUGCCACCUGGCCAGGAGACCGGUCCUGAGUCCCCACUGAGUGAAAGCAUCUUUGAAACCCAGCCACUUAACCCCAUCCUGGAUGACGACUGCAGCUCGACUCAUGGCUUCCUCACACAGAAGUCUUUUACCAUGGCCUCCUGUACUUCAGAGAGCCACUCCCACUGGGUCCACAGUCCCAUCGAAUUCACAGAGAUGGACCUGCAAAAGUUUUCCAGCUCUGCCUCCUAUACUAGAGCUGAGACCUUUGUGGGGAACACAGAUGAAAGCUCUGGAGACAGAGCUGGAGCUCAACGUGCCCUUUGA